GCUCUAUCGAUGAUCCCUCGCCCAGUGCAGUUCAGCUCUCAAGCGGAGUUCGACUGAAUAGUGACUUCAGUUUUGUGCCAAGAGUCGCUGUGAUCGCACACAGACAUCCUGAAAAUGAAGCUGAUCUGGGCUGUGUUUCUGCUGGCGUGUCCAGCUCUGGUUCCAGCGCUGCGGGACAAUUACUGCGAACGAAACGAAACGGUGCGGUCCAUGGUGCCAGUGCAGAAGCAGAAAGUCAUCGUAAAGCAGCCGGCGAAAUGGAAGAUCUGGAAGAAGGCAGAGCGGAUCACCGAGACCUACGACUCGGAGGAGGAGCUGGUGACCCACAGAUUGGUUCGUGAGUGCUGCCAGGGCUACGCCAAGGUGGAGUCCGGUCUGUGCGAGCCCAUCUGCAGCCGCGGCUGCCCGGCCCACGCCAGCUGCGCCGCUCCGGAACGUUGCGAGUGUAUUGCUGGCUACGUCUCGGCCAAGAGCCACCACAGUGGCAGUCACUACUGCGAACCCAUCUGUGAGACCGGCUGUGCGGCUGGAGCCCAGUGCGUCUCGCCCAACACCUGCGCCUGCCGCGACGGCUACGUCCAGCAGAAGCCCGCUGGCGAUGGCGUCAGUGGCGACUGCGUGCCCACAUGCCAGGUGGGCGGUGGCUGCGCCAAUGGACGCUGCAUCGACGUGGAGCGGUGCGUCUGCAACCAGGGCUAUCGGUGGGACAACAACGACCAAAUGUGCCUGGAGAUAAGUGCCGAGUCCGUCUCUGAGGAACUGGACUCCACCGAGAAGAGCCUAAUUGAAGUCCAGUCCACAAGCUAUGCGGCCAUCGUCACGGAGUGUCAGGAGGACUACGUCCUCUUUAACGGCGAGUGUCGCGAGAGGCAAUUUAACAGCAACGAGGUCAGUUGCCUCACAUCCGGCUGUGGCUCCCAUCAAACCUGCCUCGAAUCCGGGAUAUGUCAGUGCUCGGACGGCUAUGUUCCACAGGAACCGACUGGAGCCGGGGAAUCGCUCACCUGUCAGCGUGACCAGACAUUGCUCGACCAGAUUCUUGGCCUCAAUGAAGCCGCUGACGAUGAGGGCGACCUGAAUCCCUGGACCAUUCCCAUCAUAGGGGUUGCCAGCGGGUCUCUGUUUGUCCUGAUGGUGGUGGGCUUGCUGGGAGGAAGGCGGUAUCGCAUGCAACGGGCGAAGGCAGCUGACAAGGAGCUGGGGUGCCAGUACUCCCAGGAGACCGUCGAGGGCGAUCACUUGGUCCUGUGAGAUGGCGGCCCGUCUUUGUUCUGGGCUGUGCUAGAUUAUAUUUGAAGGUUUAAUGUAGGGGAACUUUAUUGGAAGAAUGAAUAUUUUAUUAAUAAAAACUAAUAACUAAUAA